UGGUGUUGGAAGCCAGGGCUGUGAGAACCCAAACUCUCAGUGCUUUGCUUUUUUUGCUUCGUGUUAUUUUCCAAGCGUUUACACAUAAAAAAAAAAAAAAACACAUAUAAUCGGAUAGAAUUUUUUUCUUUCUCCACUUUCUUUUAAAAUCCUUAAAACUUUAUAUAUCUCUCACUCACCCUCCAAAACAAUCAAACAAACCUAUUCAAAACCGGGAAAAAAAAAAAAAGAAAAAGAAAAAGAAAUAAAGGGAAGAAAAAUGGAGCUAGCUCUCAGCUUAGGUGAUGCUGCAUCUCCAUUUACAUUCCUUCACAAAACUCCCAAGAUAGCUAACAAGGAUUUAGGGUUUUGCAUGGCCUUGGGAAACAAUUUCAGUGAGAAAAGAUCAGACGAGAAAAAAGAUUCCAGAAAUGGUGAAGAUUUCAACAGAACUCCUUCUGCAGAGCCUCCUGUUCAACUUGAUCUUCUUCCUUCAGUUCCUGUUCCUCGGGCUCACACUUCUUCACAGUUUCGCUUUCCUUGGCUCGCUGAUAACAUGGUAGUUUCCGAACCUGGUUCUUCGGAGGGUGCGGGAAAAGGGUUGGAUGUGAACCGCCUUCCGAUGAUCGGAACCACCGAAGAGACGGAAGAUGGAGCGGCGCUUUCAUCGCCGAACAGCACGGUGUCUUCGUUCCAUAUGGAUUUCGGUGUUAGAAGGAGCAAAAGAGAUAUGGAGGCAAUCGAAACCGAGCGAACGAGUUCGCGAGUGAGCGACGAUGAAGAAAACGGGUCGACCCGGAAGAAACUUAGACUCUCCAAAGAGCAAUCGGCUUUUCUCGAAGAGAGUUUUAAAGAGCACAGCACUCUUAAUCCAAAACAAAAGGAUGCUCUAGCUAAACAGUUAAAUCUGCGUCCUCGCCAAGUUGAAGUGUGGUUUCAAAAUAGAAGAGCAAGGACGAAAUUGAAACAGACGGAGGUAGAUUGCGAGUAUUUAAAGAGAUGCUGUGAGACGCUGACAGAAGAGAAUAGGAGGUUACAAAAAGAACUGCAGGAAUUAAGAGCCUUGAAAACCUCCCAACCUUUCUACAUGCAACUUCCCGCCACCACUCUCACUAUGUGUCCCUCGUGUGAGCGCGUUGCCACCGCUACCACCACCGUCGCUUCCACCUCCUCCGCCAUCACCACCACCGCAAAUCCCUCCGCCAUGUCAGCCACCACCACCACCACCUCGACGGCAUUGUCACUCUCCAAACCAAGGAUUACUGUACAACAACAGCAUCAUCCCUUCUCUCAUCUCCAUGCUAACAAAGCUGCUGCCUCAUGAUAUGCACGUGAUUUGCACGCGACUUGUUCUGAUUUUUCCUUUUCCUCCACAUUGUAAAUAUUACUUUUUUGGGUCUUUUUUUUUUUUUUUUUUUUUUUUUGUUCUUUUUGGAGUAAAAUUCUUUUUUUUGUUAUUUUUCUCCUGUUGUUUUCUUUGUUAAAUGGAGCUUUUAGGAACGAAAAGGGUGAUAGAUUAAUUUGGUUGGGAAAUUAGAUAUUAAAGUGUUCAACUUUCUGGUU